CGCCGAAGUCUCACUUCCCCACACCCCCAACUCACACACAGAGAGAGCUAUCUCACAAUGGCUGCAUUUGCACAGUCCACAGGACCCCACCAACCCUCCCUAUGACGACACCAGCAGCCCCUCCAGCCCAUAACGAGCCAGCAGCGGCCGGACUACAGACGCAGAGAUGGGGAACCGAUCAGCCACGCCACUCAUGCCGCCCACCUCCCUCUCUGUUGUGCACAGAGCGAUCCGCGUGCCGAAGAGCAUCAGGUACACAGCCAUUUUGUCGGCAACCCCCUGGCCCAUCAGCAGGAUGAUCCUCCUGGUCUCUUUUCCGUCUGAUGAUUGGAAGCGCAGCACCGUCGCGCCACGCAUCGCUGCCUCGCUGUCUGUGCGGAGGGCGUGGUACUUCUGAUCCUCCCAGUUGACGUGGUACAACAAGGUCACCUCCCGCUCGUUGACGCCCUCCUGAAUACACACACACACAUAGAUGGGUGGGAGUCCACUCACUGCGUCUCAUGGCUUGUGUGGUGUCUGUCGUGGGACGUACCUGAUGGUACCAUGUCGUCAGAACAAUGGUCUUCAUGAACGCAGAGAACGAAGGGUACAGCAGCGACCGGCACCGAAUCACCGGGUCAUCCGCACUGUAGCCGCUCAGAUACGGAUGCCCCUCGGGCAGAUCCUCCCGCGCCACCGUCUCCAAGCCCUCCCCCCUCACCAUGAACCGCUGCCUCGGCCCCUUCUGCCCCUCCCACUCCUUCUCAACGGCCAAGCUCUUGCCCUUGAAGGCCAGAUGGUGACCAAACGCGCAGUACUGGGCGAUGGCCCCCGGGAGGCGGUGGUAGGCCGACUUGCUGGGCAGAUGCCGGUCCACCCACCCUGGGGUGAUGAUAAGGGGCAGCCUGACCUCGUUGAGCAGACGGUAGAUGAUGGCCAGCCGCAGGAAUCCCGCCAGGUCGCCCACGAUGCUCUCCAGGACGUAUGCGCAUCGGGUGAGGUAGUGCAGGCGCGACAUGCCGGCAGUGAGGCCGGCAGGUUGAGGACUGCGAUCCACGUCCACCAGCCCGAUCAGCGAGUGGACCGUCAGAGCACUGUCGAUGCGGCGCAGCACAAAGGGGACGUUGACGAGAGGCGGGCCUAAGACAGUGCUGGUGGCCCUCCCCAGCGCCACGGCCUUGUCGACAUCCAGAAAGGUGAAGAAAGCAUGGACGUACACGUCAGGAGGGACCCUCAUCUCCUGCAGCCGCAUCUCUUGGUGCUCGCCGGGGGAUUCAUCAUUCGUCAUGUGGUCCUUCUCUGGGACAGGCGGGAGGGGCUGUGUUCGUCGGGAAGGGGAAGGGGAAGAGGGUGCUUGUGGCUGCUGCAUGUGGUUGUGGUUGCGGGUGGAUGUGCCUGAGCGGUGCGACAAGUAGCGGUUGAGCGUGGUUGUGCAGAGCGCCUCAGGUCCGAGCGGCUCCAUGGGUGAAGACGGAUGCAGACGAGUCAACUUGGACAUCUUGGUUCUGGUCUUGUGGUCAAAGCAGCGGUUUUCU